GCGUGAUCCGGAAGACCGGCAUGCAGGUGGAAGGAUGUGGAGGUUAAGGCGAUAUUCGCAGCGAUCGACGGGGAGUAAUCGAUCGGGCCGGGCAGGAUGCGACGGUGAUGGCAAAGGAGAGGAUCGAGGAAGUAACGAAGGCUGGAAUGCGCGGCCAGUCUCGCGCGAACCAUCGAGCCGAGCGGGUAGAUUCACGACGCGUCGUCUCGUCUCUCUCCUGUGUUCUUCGUUCGGCGAUCGUUGUCGAUUGGCAACUAACUGGCUCUACGUUUCCAAGUCGAAGCUGAAAGCUGUCCAUCGCGUGAUAUAUAAACCGUACUGUGUCGUCCGUGUGUGUCCGUUUUUCACCGAGUUUUCACUUCUCAUCACUGCGGAGCAAUUCCACGUGAUUUCCACGGGGCUCUUUGGCAAUUUAUACCAAGCCGCCGCCGCUCAGUUAACUGUUCAUGGUUUACGCGUGAUAUGACCCAGUCCCGCGAGGUUUUGGCGAUGAUGGACACACACACGACAACGUUCGGACGUAAAAGAGGCUGCACAGUCUCCCCCUGCGGCGCUUUCCUCUUCGGCGCUGCCUUCCUCGUAUCCUUGGUUGUGACCGGGCUUCUGGUCUAUCAUCUCGCCCCGUGUCUCGAGGAUAAGCUCGUUAAAUCGUGCAACAAUUUCGGCAAUUCGGUGUUCGAGGGCCGCGGCCUGUUCAACAAAGACACGUACGGCAAGAAGAAACUGGACGUCCGGCUACCAAGCUCCGUGGUGCCCGAUUCGUAUGAGUUGGGCCUGAUACCGUUCAUACAAGUGGGAAACUUCACAUUCCAUGGCGAGGUGAGGAUUCUGGUGAACGUUACGGAGGACGCGAGGAACGUGACGUUGCACGCGGCGGACAUGCACAUCGACGAAAGUUUCACGAACAUCAGGGAGUACUCGAACGCGAGCGUAAAGGCGGAUAGGAUAAUCAAAAUCACGGAGCAGAGGAACGACACCGAACGGCAGUUUUACGUGAUUAGAACGUCAGACACGUUGAAGAGCGGCAGGCAAUACAUGGUGCAUCUAAAGUUUGUUGGCCAUUUGAACGACAACUUGCAAGGCUUCUACAGAAGCUCGUACACCGUUGGCAGUCAGACGAGAUGGAUCGCCGCGUCACAAUUCCAGCCGACAGAUGCGCGACGCGCUUUCCCGUGUUUCGACGAGCCAGCGCUGAAAGCCACGUUUAAGAUCAGCAUCGCCCGCCCGAAGAACAUGACAUCCAUCUCGAACAUGCGUCGAAUAGGAGAGCCUAUGCCUGUGCCAGGUUUACCGACAUACGUGUGGGACCAUUACGAACGCUCGGUGCCGAUGUCCACUUACCUGGUCGCCUUCAUCGUCUCGGACUUCGAAAUGUUGAAGUCCGAAUUUGGACACUUCAGAGUUUGGGCGAGGAGCGACGCUAUCGAGCAAGCACGCUACACUCUGGACAUCGGGCCGAGGAUACUCGAGUAUUACGAGGACUAUUUCAAGAUUAAGUUCCCCUUGCCCAAGAUGGAUACUGUUGCUCUGCCUGAUUUUUCAGCAGGUGCUAUGGAAAACUGGGGCUUAAUCACAUGCAGAGAAACUGCCAUGCUUUACCAAGAAGGCGUCUCGACCAGCAGUAAUCAGCAACGAGUGGCCACGGUGAUAUCUCACGAACUUGCUCAUCAAUGGUUUGGUAACUUGGUGACUCCGAGUUGGUGGUCGGAUCUAUGGUUGAACGAAGGCUUCGCCAGUUACAUGGAAUACAUCGGUGUGAACGCAGUGGAGCCAACGUGGAAAGUUUUGGAGCAAUUCGUUGUACACGAUUUGCACAAUGUUUUCGGUUUGGACGCGUUAGAAUCGUCGCACCAAAUAUCGAUCGAGGUCGAACAUCCCGACGAGAUAAGUGAAAUUUUCGACCGGAUUUCUUACGAAAAAGCUGCUUCCAUAAUAAGAAUGAUGGAUCAUUUCCUUACCAACGAAGUGUUCAAACAAGGUCUAACGAAUUAUUUGAAUGGAAAAGCGUAUAAGAGCGCCGAGCAAAAUGAUUUGUGGGAUGCCUUGACAAAACAAGCGCACAAUGAUAAAGUUCUCGAUCCAAAGAUAACAGUAAAACAAAUUAUGGAUACCUGGACCCUCCAGACUGGUUUUCCAGUGAUCACAGUUAUCCGAGAUUAUAACACUGGCUCAGUGACGCUGACGCAGGAACGUUUCAUGCUUCGCAAUGGCACCACAGUAACCACAUCGAGUGUCGAACCACUGUGGUGGGUACCAGUCACAUACACGACUGAAAGUCAAUUAGAUUUCAAUGCAACUCAACCGUCUCAAUGGAUGAAAGCAGAAAAAUCGAUCACGCUGUCGAAUCUGAACUGGGUCCCCUCGGAGUGGGUGAUCUUCAAUAUUCAAGAAACUGGAUACUAUAGAGUGAACUACGACAGGAAGAAUUGGCAGUUGAUAAUCAAGCAAUUGAACAAGGAGUCGUUUAGAAAUAUUUCGACGAUCAAUCGUGCCCAGUUAAUUGAUGAUGCGCUUAAUUUGGCAAGAGCUGGAAGACUGGAUUACGCCAUUGCGUUGGAUGUCACGUCGUAUUUAGCUCACGAGACUGAAUACCUGCCUUGGAAGGCUGCCUUCACUGCCAUGCAUUAUUUGGACAGCAUGCUGAUCAAAAUGCCGAGCUACGACAAAUUUCGAGUAUACGUUUUGAAAUUACUCGACAAUGUGUACAAGCAAGUCGGUUUCAAAGAUAGCCCCCGAGAUCCUCAGCUGACGGUAUUCACUCGCAUCGAUGUGCUAACAUGGGCUUGUAACUUCGGCCACGAAGAUUGCGUGCAGAAUGCGGUCAGACAAUUUUACAAUUGGCGUAACACACCUAGUCCCGACAAAAACAAUCCGAUCUCCCCAAAUCUGAAGAUGGUCGUCUACUGCACGGCUAUUCGAUUCGGUGGACAAAUCGAAUGGGACUUCGCUUGGCAGAGGUAUUUGGAGACGAACGUCGGUUCUGAGAAGGAUUUGCUUUUGCAUGCUCUCGGCUGUACCAGAGAAACGUGGCUUCUCAGUCGUUAUUUAGAUUGGAUGAUCACGGAGAACUCGGGGAUCAGGAAGCAAGACGCCGGUCGUGUUCUAAAUUCCAUUGCCAGCAACCCUAUUGGACAACCACUGGCGUUCAAUUUCCUCAGGAAUAAAUGGGAUCGUCUUCGAAAAUACUUCGGCACGUCGUUACUGAUUAUGAACAAUAUCGUGAAAUCAGCCACCAGAGGUAUUAACACCAAAUAUGACCUUAAAGAUCUACUGGAGUUCACCAACGAGCAUAUAGGAGAGUUCGGUAGUGCAACGAGGUCGAUGCAGCAGUCGAUAGAGCAAGCAGAGGCGAAUAUUCGAUGGGUGGAAGCCAAUCGCGUUACGAUUCAAGAUUGGUUGAAAAGGAACACCGCGUAACGACGAAAAACGAAACGGAUUAGCAUUGCAUAAAUUCAACUGUCGAUGUUCAAAGGGGCCGAUUAAAAUU